CAGCCUGAGGCACUACCACCACCACCACCAGCAGGAGCAGCAGCAGCAGUCGGAUCUUCUUCAAGCAACAGCAGCAAAAGCCAAAAAAGCGUGCAGAGGGAAAUGAGAUGAAGUGGUUUCAAGUGACCAUAGAUAUGAUUCUUGUGCUUUCAUUUAUAUCAAGCAGCACAGCGAAUCCGGAUGCCAAACGAUUGUACGACGAUUUGCUGAGCAAUUACAACAAACUUGUCCGGCCGGUGGUAAAUGUAACGGACGCUCUCACCGUUCGCAUCAAGCUGAAGCUGUCGCAACUGAUUGAUGUCAAUCUGAAGAACCAAAUCAUGACCACCAAUCUGUGGGUGGAGCAGUCCUGGUACGAUUACAAACUCAAAUGGGAGCCAAAGGAGUACGGCGGCGUCGAAAUGCUGCACGUGCCCUCCGAUCACAUCUGGCGACCGGACAUUGUGCUCUACAACAACGCCGACGGCAAUUUCGAGGUGACGCUGGCCACCAAAGCCACUCUAAACUACACGGGACGUGUGGAGUGGCGUCCGCCAGCCAUUUACAAGAGCUCCUGCGAGAUUGAUGUUGAGUACUUUCCGUUCGAUGAGCAAACCUGCGUCAUGAAGUUUGGCAGCUGGACCUACGACGGUUUUCAGGUCGAUCUGCGUCACAUCGAUGAACUGAAUGGCACCAACGUUGUUGAAGUGGGCGUGGAUCUAUCCGAAUUCUAUACAUCCGUCGAGUGGGAUAUACUGGAAGUUCCUGCAGUGCGCAAUGAAAAGUUCUACACGUGCUGCGAUGAGCCAUAUCUGGACAUCACAUUUAACAUUACGAUGCGCAGGAAGACACUUUUCUACACGGUCAACCUGAUCAUACCCUGCAUGGGCAUCAGCUUCUUAACCAUUUUGGUAUUCUAUCUGCCAUCGGACAGUGGCGAGAAGGUCUCAUUAAGCAUAUCCAUUCUGCUGUCGCUCACUGUGUUCUUCCUGCUGCUGGCGGAAAUCAUUCCGCCCACAUCGCUGGUGGUGCCGCUGCUGGGAAAGUUUGUGCUCUUCACCAUGAUACUGGAUACGUUCAGCAUCUGUGUGACAGUCCUGGUGCUGAACAUUCACUUUCGGUCACCCCAAACCCACACAAUGGCCCCAUGGGUGCGGACGGUGUUCAUCAAUCAGCUGCCGCGAUUUCUGGUCAUGCGGCGACCGCUAUAUCCGAUCAGUGAAAUGAUCAAAUCCUCGCGCCGUCUGAUGGUGCGCACCUGCAAUGGACUCGAACUGAGGGAUCAAAUACCACCGUUGCCACCGCCCGUGGCCUUGUCACGCAUGCACCACAGCCCCAAGACGACGUCGCGCAGCACAUCGCCACACCUGCAGCACAGAGUACAAACCCUCAAUCUGAUGGACGAGUGCGGCAUGGGUAUGGGUGGUGGUGGUGUUGGUGGUGUUGGUGGUGGUGGUGGGGCAUCCACCAUAACCGGCCACUUGAGCUCACUGUAUCCGCCUACCAUCUCGACGGUGAAUCAGCAAACAUCGACCACAUCCUCGCUGAUCGACGCCCAGUAUCAUAAUCAGUACCAGCAGACGGGGGGCUCGCUGCUGGACCAUCCGCUGACGCCAACAAAGUUCCGCCAGAUGACCUCCACCUCCAGCCAGACGGGUCAGAAUGGCCAGAAUGGCCAGAACGGCCAGAACGGACACCAUCACUAUGGGGGUGGCAAGUCAUCCUCCACCACUACGCUGACCCACCAGCAGGCCAGCGGCCAUCACUUGUACCGCCAGCAGUCGAGUUGCUCGGCAAACUUCUCGCCCCUGCCGCAGCAUGCCCAUCAGGCCCAUGCCUCGACCACCACCAGCGACCUGGGCAUGGGCAUGUGCGGCGGCAUGGGCAUGGGGAUGAGCAUGGGCAUGGGCAUGGGCAUGGGCAUGGGCAUGGGUAUGGGCAUGGGUCUGGGUGGCAAUGGCAACCCCAAUGUGAUAAAGUCUACGACAACAGUUAACUCGGUGGCCACGGCCUCCACGCUGGCCGACUCCUGCUGCAGCGGCAUUCAGAUACAUCAGGGCAUGGGCGCCGGUGCCGCCUGCCAAUCCUCGGAGCUGCUGCAACAGCAUCGACCCACCACAUCGGCAGCGGCGGCAGCAGCGGCGGCGGCUGCAGCGGCGGCAGCAGCAGCAGCAGCAGCUGGAGGAGGACCAAGUACCUCGGCAGCGGCGGCAGCAGCAUCGGCUGGCACGCCACCGCCACCACCGCCGCCGGCGUCGGCCUGUGAUAUACUGCCCGCCUGCCAGCGAGAGGGCGGCCCACACUGCUGUUCGGGUCGCGGAAAUGUGCGACAGCGCUGGCACACCUGCCCGGAGCUGCACAAGGCCAUGGAUGGGGUCAACUACAUAGCGGAUCAGACGCGCAAAGAGGAGGAGAGCACAAGGGUAAAGGAGGACUGGAAAUAUGUGGCCAUGGUGCUGGAUCGCCUGUUUCUCUGGAUAUUCACAAUAGCCGUGGUUGUGGGCACAGCGGGCAUUAUACUGCAAGCACCGACGCUCUACGACACCCGCGUGCCCAUUGACAUCAAGCUCUCGGAGAUAGCAUCGACGACGGCCAAGCCGAAUGUGGCGCGGCCAAUUUUGUAAGCACAAAAUAUCGAUAGCGAUA